AAGUGGUUCCGCUGGCUUGUGUGUGCGCGGCGAACAACUCCCAGUGCGGCGCGCUCGGCUCCUACACCCGCGACCCCGGCUCUGACUGCAACUGCGGCCGGGCCGCCGCCUCAACAUGGACUCUGCUGGCCAAGACAUCAACCUGAAUUCUCCUAACAAAGGUCUGCUGUCCGACUCCAUGACAGAUGUCCCUGUCGACACGGCAGUGGCUGCCCAGACGCCUGCUGUGGAGGGUCUGACGGAAGCUGAGGAGGAGGAGCUCAGGGCCGAGCUCACAAAGGUGGAGGAGGAGAUUGUCACUCUGCGCCAGGUCCUGGCAGCCAAGGAGCGGCACUGUGGGGAGCUGCGGCGGAAGCUGGGCCUCUCCGCCUUGGAGGGCCUGAAGCAGAACCUGUCCCGGAGCUGGCACGAUGUGCAGGUCUCUAGCGCCUAUGUGAAAACUUCUGAGAAACUCGGAGAGUGGAAUGAGAGAAUGACCCAGUCGGACCUCUACAAGAAGACUCAGGAAACUCUCUCUCAGGCGGGACAGAAGACCUCUGCUGCCCUCUCCACUGUGGGCUCUGCCAUCAGCAGGAGACUCGGGGAUAUGAGGGCUCGUCCAUUCUCACACUCCUUUAGUAGCAGCUACUCCAUCCGCCACUCGAUAAGUAUGCCAGCCAUGAGGAAUUCUGCCACCUUCAAGUCGUUGGAGGACCGCGUUGGGACCAUAAAGUCUAAGGUGGUGGGUGGCCGAGAGAACGGCGGUGACAGCUUUCCCUCCCCGGCGGGGAGUGACGACAAGCCCCUGCCCGACCACACGCCCUUCUAAGCCUGAAGCAGCUUUGCCGCCACGGAGCAAGCGCAGGCACGCCUCAUCGCCAGACUGCCACUGCGCAACGGAGCAGCAGCGCCUGCAGGGGCGGGAGCGGCUGCGGGGGCAGCCCUGCCAUCACAUGCACGCGUGGCUGCUGCACGCGCAUGACUCAGAACAGUCUUGUACACAGAUGCUUCACACUAAGUCGGUAGAUGCAACAGGUCGCUCUGCUGCCCGUCCUGGGGCAGGAAGUAGAUGGGGUGGGGGCGGAGCCACACUCCCUUUGGGGGUCUUGUUAAUUCACCAGAAUGCAAGUGGUGUUUUCCCAGCUCCUUCCCUUCCUCACAGAGGGAGUGUCUUCCAGAAGCCCCAUCUGACCUGCAGUUUUUAUUUCAAAAUGCUAAACAAGAAAAGUCUAUUUUCUGAGACCCUCUGAAAAGAAACCGAUUAUCAGCAGCUGCCUAAUUGUUACACUAAUGAUCUAGCUUUAACAAAAGCAGAUCUUUUAUUUUUUAAAUGCAGUGGGUUUUUCAAAAUUCAGAAUUUAGCAAAGCAGCUUUAGCUUCAUAGUUACAACAUAUUAUUUGCUUGGACUCAAGCUGAAAUACAAGCCUUAUAUCACCUGAUGCUUUAUUUGUUUAUAAUGUUUUUGUAUAUAAAAGUGAGUGUUCUUUAGUGGGUUCCAAGCACUACACAGAAUUCUGCAUCUAACCGAGGGGCCGCAUGCCUGCACCAGUGGUGUGUUUCGUUUCUCUGACGCACUCAUCCCAGUGGAUGGACCUGGCUCUCUCCUCUCCAGGACCAAAGGCUCCGGGGCCUGUGGGGGUGGGUGCAGGAGAAAGGAAGAACCAGCCCUGCAGCUGCCUUGUGUGGGCCAGGCCGGGCCAGGCCCCGGCACACUGCUGUCAGAGGCCCCGCUAUCUGUCUGCUGCACACCCAGGACGUGAGGAGCACGUGGACCCCGCAGAGCAGGUCAGGGCUGGGUUGGGGUCAGCUGGACCUCUGCUGUUGCCUUUUCUCAGGAGCUACAAAGAUCUCUCCUAUUUUGAAGCUGCCACACUCCAGCAGCCUCACCCAGGGCCCCAGGUGUCGGGUGUGUCUAGAGGGGCAGCUUGUGCCUUAAGGGCUCUGAGUGGGCGCAGACCUUGCCUGCCCGUGAUCUGUGCACCCCCUGGGGGAGGAGCCUGCAGGCCAGUGACUGCUUUCGUAGGCUGUGCUGUGCUCUGGUACCUGAGUGUCUGCUGGUCACUUCAGACACCCUGGGGACUGCAGUUCACGCUGGUGUUCUUUCUCCAGAAUUAGAAUCUCAGACUCCUGGUAGGAGGCAGGGCUAGUACUGAUUUGUCUUUUCUGUGAAGUAAAUACUGGGUAAUUUGUCAAUAAAGCAUUGUUUUGGGGGAAACGAA